GGGGUUCGCCGCCGCCCUGGAGUGAGGAAAGCGCAGCCCGAAGGGGUCCCCUGGAACCCGGCGCGAUGGACGCCGUCUUGGAACCUUUCCCGGCCGACAGGCUGUUCCCGGGAUCCAGCUUCCUGGACUUGGGAGACCUGAAUGAGUCGGAUUUCCUCAACAAUGCGCACUUCCCGGAGCACCUGGACCACUUUGUGGAGAACAUGGAGGACUUCUCCAAUGACCUGUUCAGCAGUUUCUUUGAUGACCCUGUGCUGGACGAGAAGAGUGCUCUGCUGGACAUGGAACUGGACUCCCCCGCUCCAGGCAUCCAGGCUGAGCACAGCUACUCCCUGAGUGGGGAUUCUGCACCCCAGAGCCCCCUUGUGCCUGUCAAGAUGGAGGACACCACUCAAGAUGUGGAACACGGAGCGUGGGCCCUGGGAAACAAGCUGUGCUCCAUCAUGGUGAAGCAGGAGCAGAGCCCGGAGCUGCCUGUAGAUCCCCUGGCUGCCUCCUCUGCCAUGGCUGCUGCCGCCGCCAUGGCCACCCCACCACUGCUGGGCCUCAGCCCCAUGCCCCGGCUGCCCAUCCCUCACCAGGCCCCAGGAGAAAUGACUCAGCUGCCAGUGAUCAAAGCAGAGCCCCCAGAAAUGAGCCAGUUUCUCAAAGUGACACCAGAGGACCUCGUACAGAUGCCUCCAACACCCCCCAGCAGCCAUGGCAGUGACAGUGACGGCUCCCAGAGUCCCCGCUCUCUUCCCCCCUCCAGCCCUGUCCGGCCCAUGGCCCGCUCCUCCACGGCCAUUUCCACCUCUCCGCUCCUCACUGCCCCUCACAAACUGCAGGGGACAUCAGGGCCACUGCUCUUGACAGAAGAGGAGAAGCGGACCUUGAUCGCGGAGGGUUACCCUAUCCCCACCAAGCUCCCCCUCACCAAGGCUGAGGAGAAGGCCUUGAAGAGAGUACGCAGGAAAAUUAAGAACAAGAUUUCUGCCCAGGAGAGCCGCCGCAAGAAGAAGGAGUAUGUGGAAUGUCUAGAAAAGAAGGUGGAGACAUAUACAUCAGAGAACAAUGAGCUGUGGAAGAAAGUGGAAACCCUAGAGACUGCCAACAGGACCCUGCUCCAGCAGCUGCAGAAACUCCAGACUCUGGUCACCAGCAAGAUCUCCAGACCGUACAAGAUGGCAGCCACGCAGACCGGCACCUGCCUCAUGGUGGCAGCCUUGUGCUUCGUUCUGGUGCUGGGCUCCCUUGUGCCCUGCCUUCCUGCAUUCUCUUCCGGCUCAAUGACUGUGAAAGAAGACCCUAUCGCAGCUGACAGUGUCUAUGCAGCCAGUCAGAUGCCUUCCCGAAGCCUACUGUUCUACGAUGAUGGGGCAGGCUCAUGGGAAGAUGGCCGAGGUGCUCUACUGCCUGUGGAGCCCCCAGAAGGCUGGGAGCUCAAACCCGGGGGUCCAGCAGAGCAGAGGCCCCAGGACCACCUCCGACAUGACCGUGCAGACAGCAUCCAUGAGACCACCAAGUACUUGAGAGAGACCUGGCCAGAGGACACUGAUGACAACGGCACCAGCCCCAACUUCUCCCACCCCAAGGAGUGGUUCCAUGACAGGGAUCUGGGCCCCAACACCACCAUCAAACUCUCCUAGGCCACUCCAAGACCCAGGACACAGGACGGACACCCUGGCACCCAGAAGAGGCGUUCUCUUGCUCGAUGACCCAGAUCCAGCUCAUACCCCUGCCCCCCGGGUCCCUGUAGUAGCUGGGGACGCUCUAUGUCCCCAGACACUUGGACUGCUCCCCUGGGCUGACCACUCCGUUCCCACCUUUCCCUCCUACCACUAUCCGUCCUCCUCCGAUAAACCACUCACUGGGCUACCCGUUUCCUUCCCAUAGUGACCAACGCAACCACUGUUCCUGGCCCCCUCAUACACAAACACACAAGCAGACAUACACACACAAACACACACCCCCAUCUCCUACUGUACAGAGACCAAGAACAGAAAUCGUUUGUAAAUAAUGAACCUUAUUUUUUAUUAUUGUCAAUCCCCUAAGAUAUUGUAUUUUACAAAUCUCCCUCCCGUCACCUCUCCCUUAUUUUGUAUUUUAUGAAGUUAGUGCGGGCUUUGCUACCCCUUGGCCUGGGGAAGAGGGACACCCCACCCUCACCAGGCCUCUCCCUGCCGCUGCCCAAGCUGCUGGGCCUUUUUAAUUUGCCAAACUGCUCCUCCACCAGCUCAGCACAUGCUUUAAGAAGGCAAAAUUAAAAAAAAAAAAAAGAUUCAGCAUCAA